UUCAAAAUGACGUAAAAUGCUUAUUAUGAGGUUUUUAAUUAAAAAUAAGCAAAAUAUAACAGUUUACAGUGUUUGGCAAACAUUUCAGUGAUUUCAGAAGUAGACCUGUUACAUGAAAAAAAAAUAAAUAUCUUAUUAGCUUCAACUAUCUAAAAUUAAUCAGAGUUAACAAAUUAAGGAUAAAAAUAUGAAACCACGAUUCGAGUGUCCGAUUUGCUUGUCAUGGCUUCAGGAUCCAGUUCUUACUUCAUGUGGCCAUAAGUUUUGCUAUAAUUGUAUACAUAAUUGGUUGAAACGAGAAGGAGCUCGAUGUCCUAUCGAUAGUCAAGUUUUGGAAGAAAAUAAAGACAUCUUUAGGGAUCAUUAUACAAGCAGAGAAAUAUCUCAACAACAAAUAAAUUGCCUUUACGAGAAUUUCGGAUGUGAUAUGAAAUUGUCUCCAUUAUCGAUGCAGUCACAUGUGAUAAAUUGCAUUCAUAAAAAAAAUUUUAAAAGUAAUGGAACAGUGGAAAAUUCUACUGUAGUCAAUGAAUGUGUUGAAAAUUUCCAAGAAAAAGAUUCCUGUAACACGCAUGUUGAUGAAGAUAACAAUAAUUGCUUAUCAAAAAUUGAAGAUAGACUUUCCUCAAUUCAAAUGAAAACAGAAGAAACAAAUGAAACUUUGAUCGGGUCAGCUCCUCUCAAUAAUUAUUCUAAUAAUGGCAACCUUGAUUUUGAAAAUAUAAAAGACUGGAAACGAUUAACCAAAAAUCUUUAUGAGAGGAUAGUUACAUUAGAACAAUCAAAUCAAGAACUAAACAUCACGAUUAAGAAUCAAUCAGCUGUUAUCACAUCAUUACAAGAAGUAAUAAAUAUGAAAGAACAAGAACUUUCUUCAAAUAAUCGCCAUGGAAUAUUCAUUUGGAAGAUAAAUUCAUUCGAAGAAAAAUUAAAAGAGAUGCGAUCAAUGCCUUUGAAAAUGUUUUAUAGCCCGGAAUUUUAUACUCAUCCGAAUGGAUAUAAAAUAUGCGCUCGUGUUAAUAUUUCUUCAAAAAACUCGGAAUUUCUAUCGAUCGUUAUACAUAUGAUGCAAUCUGAUAAUAAUGAUUUUUUGGAUUGGCCAUUUGAGGGAACGAUAUCAUUUAUUCUUGUUCAUCCGUUAGAUUCAAAAAAAUCUAUCCGUGAAGAAACUUGUACAAAACCUAAUUUAGAAGCAUUUAAAAAACCAACUGAGGAAUUGAAUAAAAGAAGCUUUGGUUACACGGAGUUUGUUCCUAUUAAUGAAUUAUCAAAUUUUUUUCAUAACAAUUCCUUAGUGUUCAGAAUAGAAAUAGCAAAAAACAAAUAAAUUCAAAAUAAUAUAUUAUCUUAAAUGUCUCAUUCCUCGCGAUGCUUAAGUAUUUCAAUGUCUAAGUAGAAAAAUAGUCUUAAGGAAUUUUAUGUUUAUAAUUC